AUGUCAAUUUCUGGGCUAAAGUGAGUAUUUUUGAUCUACAGUAACCCUACAGUAACCCUUAAUUUUUAGGCUAAAAUCCAGGAACAAACUUAUCGCAACUUUGCUGAUUUUUAUCACAUUUUUGAUUUUUCUGAAAUUUUCGGCUGAAAAUCAAAAAUGCUGGAAUUUCGAGGAAGAAUUUGGUGUGAUUUUAAUGGAUUUCGAAAUUCUGGAAAAAUUCGAUGAAAAUCAUUGUGUUCCCAGGAAUUUUCACAGGAAAAUUGAGGUACGGUAGGCCCUACAGUAACCCUAGAAUACAGUAACCCUUUGCAGAUUGCAAUCGAUGUUAAAUAUCAAAAUUUGAUCCCCGAAUAUUUCCCGGAAAAUUUUGAAAUCCUAUUCUACAGUAACCAGGAGGCCAAGGAUUAUUUCGAAUUUCAAAACAAAAAUUUGAUGCCAAAAUCAAUUUUUACGGCUGAAAAUCGACAAAAUCAUCUGAAAAUCCCAAAAAACUGGAAAAUUUCAAGAAAUCUUGGAGAUUUUCGCGAUUCCGCGAAUGCCGCAACAUGA